AUGCAAGGUAAAUUGGCAGAUAUGUAUGUUAGAUUAAAUGCUUGUCGAGCUUAUUUAUAUACAAUAGCCAGAAAUGCUACUGAUAAAACAUUGACGGCUAAGGACUCUGCUGGGGUAAUUUUAUAUUUGGCAGAAAAUGCAACCCAAACAUGUUUGGAUGCAAUUCAAGUUUUGGGGGGUAAUGGAUAUAUUAAUGAUUAUUCAACUGGGAGAUUACUCAGAGAUGCAAAAUUGUAUGAAAUUGGGGCUGGGACUUCGGAAGUUAGAAGAUUAGUUAUUGGGAGAACUUUAAAUAAAGAAUAUAUUAAAUGA